CUCUUUCUUCCUCUCAUCAUCGCCGUGACUGCACGCACGCGCGUACGCGAGGAUGUCGCGGCACUCGCGCGAUUCGAACCGCCGGCCGGAUUCGCGCCGCGGGUGUCCUCCUCGGCCGUGAUCGCGUUUCCGUGCUCCGACACGAAGGGCACCGUUCGUACGCGAGCAGGUGCGAGCGAUUCGUAGCGAAGUGGUGCGACGGAGUGACUACGGGACUUGGACAGGUGUGCGUGAGAGUGACCGCGCUGCACCCCCGUGUUAUCAGCGCUCCUGCGACCACCCUCGCAAGAAGGGGUGAUGCUCCAUGAUAUCGCGUCGCGUCGCGGCAAACGGAUCGGUUUAGAUGGACACCUUGGAUCGUCGCACGACAUCGGUGCCCUCAAGACCCUGAAUCACUUGAACAAGGAAGGCGAGGCGCUUGCCCUUCAAGAUGACCUCACAACGCACCCCACCUUGGCCUUGAUGCGGCGCAUCCUUGCAGAUGCACAGGCAAAAUUCCGCGUGAUGGUGGAGGAGAACGCAGCGACCGGCGCCCGGCUGGACGGCGAGCUGGAACGCGCCAGAGGCGAGUGCGCCACUCUUCGGGGUGAGCUGCGCGACGUCCGCGGCGCCUUGCCGAUCGUGCUGAACAACAACAACGCCGGUGCGGCCGCAGCAGCCGCGGCAGCGGGUAACGGCGGUACCAACAGUAACAACAAUUCCGGCGCGGCCACCGGCGCGAAUCCCAGCCAAGAAACGGAGCUGCAGCAACAGUCACAGCAGGACGACGGCAAGAGACUCAGCGCCGGCAGCAGCCCGAUCGAGAAGAGGAGCUCGGCCAGCGACAAAUCGGCCAGUCCCAUCGAGAAAAGAACCAGCCCGGUGGACAGGAAGGAGAGAACCAGCCCCAUCGAUCGUCGAGCCAGUCCUAUAGAACGAAGAAAUGGCUCGCCCUGUCGCAGCCCGAGCGAGAAGGCUCGCCGUCCUUACGCCCCCGCCUUGGAGAAGACGCGCUUGGGUGGGUCCGGGGGUAGCGUGGACUCUCGGUCGGGCAGCGCCAGUCCGGAUCGCGGACCGGCCAACAGGAGCGGCGGCUUCCUGCAUCGCGGCGGCAGCGAUCGCUCCAGCGUGGAGCGGCUCCGGAUCUCGACCAAUCGCGACUCUCUGCGAUCCUCCGGCAAAGAGAUGAACGACCACGAGAAAGACGCCGACAAGGACCUGGUGGACGGCGACGCGCGCGGCGACGACGACAAUGAACCCCCCGGACCGGCACCGGGCAGCAGACCGACGUCCCCGGCUAAUUCUCUCGGAAUCGGUGACCCGGUGGUGGCGUCCAGGCUGUCCAACAUCCACGGCAGCGGCGGGCCCGUGGAGCUGGCCAGCACCAGGAGGCUGCGACUCGAGAACGAGCGGCUGGUGGCGGAGGUCGCGAGGCUGAGGAGGCUAUUGCUGAGCGGCGCGGCACGCGGCGAAGUCGGCGCCGAGGACGCCGCAAUGGAGGAAGAGGCGCGCUUCGUCGCCUUGGAAAUGGAGCUGCAGCACGCGAAGGAAGCGCUACAGGCGCUCAAGGCUGACCGGAAGCGGCUCAAAGCCGAGAAGUUCGACCUCCUCAAUCAGAUGAAGGCUCUCUACGGCACUCUCGAGGACAAGGAACGCGAGCUUCGCGAUUUCAUACGAAAUUACGAACAGCGGAUGCGGGAGAACGAGGCGACCCUGGGACGUCUUCAGCAGCAAGGAGCCGGCAUGCCAUCGGAGGAACGCGAGCGGGAGCGGGAGAGGGAACGUUGGAGUCUACUAAGGGCGGCGAGGGACGAGGCCGAUCGAAGCCUGAGCCUCGCGGCUAGUUUGGCGGACAAAGAAGCCGCCCUCUCGCACGCGCACGCAACCAUAAAAGAGCUCCAACGUCAACUGGCGGAGCGUGGCGGCGGCGGCGGGGUCUGCCUGAGCGACCAGGAGUCCUUGGUGUCCUUCCCGCGCGGCAGCGUGAACGGCGCGGCGACACCCGGAGCCGGCAGCAGCAGCGGCGGCGGCGGGGGCGGCGGAGGCGGCGGAGGCGGCAGCAGCGGCGGCAUCAUCCCCCACGUGAAUUCGCAGCCACCGCUGGGCACCACCGAACUCGGCGUGUCCGUGGGUAACGUGGGCGGCGGUGCAGGUGCGGGAUCCUCCGGCGGCCAAGCCGGCGAUCGCGGCAGCUGCAGCGCCGACAGCGGCGUCCGCGGAUCCAGCGAUCGAGAGAGCGGCGGUGCGACCAGCGUCGGCGGGAACCUGUCGGAUUCCACGACGGACGGCACGCCGACAAUUACGGUCGAGGGCAGCGGUCUCGACAUGGACAGCAUCUCCGUGGUAUCCUCCGUAGCACCACCCCACAUAUACCAAUCCGCGACCACACCAAAGGACUGCAGCCCCACGUUGUCGCCCCUGAACGCCUUCUCGAGGUCCAUGGACAACUCGUCGCUAUCGCGAUCGGUCGAGCAGCUAUCCAGCCCGCUGGAAUCUGAGCCGCGGCGGAACAAGCAGCCUCCACCUGUCGUCGCACCUGCCGCGCACUCGCGAUCCUCCGCCACUCGCGGCGGCACAUGGGGAUCCAUUUCAAGGGUGUUCGCCCGCUCGCGACACCGGAAGACGGCGAACAGUUCCGGCGGCGGGAGCGGCGGCAACGAGGGAUCGGACGGCUUUGAUCCAUAUCGAUCAUGGUCGCCACUCACCGAGGAGGGCUACGCCGAGAAACUUCGUUUGCUACGAGAAGCGGCCUCCGUGCCCAUGGAACGAUGGCGAGCACCCACCGUUUUAGCGUGGUUAGAGGUGGCUCUCGGAAUGCCGCAGUACGGGCCGCGAUGUGCCGAGAACGUCAAGUCGGGCAAGGUUCUGCUUGAACUGAGCGACGCCGAGCUGGAGGCCGGUUUGGGCGUGACUCACCCCCUUCACCGGAAGAAACUGCGUCUGGCUAUCGAGGAGCAUCGGCACCCGAGUCACGUCCGGUACCCCUGCAUCGCCCAGCUCGGGCACACCUGGGUGAGCUCCGAGUGGUUGCCGGAUCUCGGCCUGGCUCAGUACUCGGAGAGCUUCGCCACCAAUAUGGUGGACGCACGUAUGUUGGACCACCUGAGCAAGAAAGAGCUGGAGAAGCUGCUCGGGGUGACGAGGAAGUUCCACCAGGCGAGCAUCGUCCACGGUAUUCAUUUGCUGCGGAUGUUGAACUACGAUCGACAGGCGCUCGCUGUCAGGAGACACCAGUGCGAGCAGGUCGACACGGAUCCUUUGGUCUGGACGAAUCAGAGGUUCAUUCGGUGGGCGAGAAAUAUCGAUCUCACGGAAUACGCCGAGAAUUUGAAAGACUCGGGCGUCCACGGUGCUCUGGUUGUGUUGGAGCCGUCGUUCACCGGCGACACCAUGGCGACCGCUUUGGGCAUACCGCCGGCCAAGCACAUGAUCCGACGGCACCUCACCGCCGAGUUAGAAGCGCUCGUUCUGCCAGCCAGAGGUCAGCUGGAGGUGGUCCCGAGGAACAGCAACGCCGGGGGUCGUCCGAUGAGCACCGCGAGCGCGGGCGGUAGUCUCGGUCGUGGGAGCAGGGCGCUUCACCUACAGCAUCAUCAGAGCUCGCUGUCGGCCCUCCACAUGACGGCGAAUCACACCGGCACCGUCGACCGACGCAGAUCCAGUCUCAGGUUGUCGUGGAGGAGCUCACAGGGAUCCUUGAGCAGAGCGUUCGGACUCCGGCCUAGAAGCGAGAAGGCGUCACCGUCGUCGUCCUCGGACACCGGCAGCCUCGCCAGCCAGUGCCAAUACAUGAGCAGCGUGCGCAGCAACUCACCGCCACCGCCGCAGCUGCCGCCGAGGCCGAUGACAGGCGGCAAGAGGCACCGUCGGGUUAAGAGCAUCGGCGACAUCGAGUACAUAAGCACAGCGGCGGUGAGCACCCCGGUCUGACAAGAGGGUAGGCCCCACCACUCGGGGCCUUACCGCAGCUUGAGCGAGCGCGGCUACUCCUCCUCGUACUCGUCCCAGUACGGCUCCUACUCCGGCUACAGCAACGUCCUCGCGGGCGAUCAGUACCAGUACCAGCAGCAACAAUCCAGCAAUUAUUACCAGCUGCAGGGCGGCUAUUAUUCGCCGCAGAGCUCCGGCCCGCCGUUCCCGGGCGUGCAGAGGUACGGCAGUCUGGCCGAGGAGGCAUGGUCGUGCACCACCAAGAGCGACUCGCCCGGAAUCUCCAAGACUAAUCCCAGAACUUACUUGGCUUAGUUGCCGAAGACACGUUGAGCGGACGAACGGGAGUGACGCGAGCGGGCGCGUGGCGCACCCGGUGCGCCGCCUCGCGUCGUCCUCGGCGAUGCGUGUAUUCAGUUCUCGGGGGUAGAUCCUUUGUUGUCCCUCGCCUUCCUCCGGCUUUUGUUGUUGGGUGAUCGAUAGCGACGUAUAGCGAUGAAUGAGGCCGAGGAAUAGGCGAGGGAAAGAUAGCGAGGCAGUGAGGGAAUCGCGUCGCGCAUUCGCCGGGACGCCGAAUGUUAGAGGGUGCGCUUUGCGCCUCGACUCGGAAUUCUCAUCGUCGUCGACGGGACGCUGCGAGAAUUCUAACGCUAAAUCUAAGAUCCUCCGAGCUUCUGACGUUUCCCGUGUUAGCGAGGGUGUUCGAUCGAGGGGACCCGAUCGGGAGUUUGCGGAUGAUUCGACGGAACGAGCCGGAUAUCUUCGGUGUAAUCAUUAUUGUUACUCGACGAGCCCGAGCUGGCUGGCGAAUGUUAAUUUCGUCACGUGACAACUGUAAUAGACAAUACUUUUCAGCCGGGCAGGAAGCUUGCGAAAGUAAGCACGGGGACCACCUCGGGCGAACCCCUUCAGCGCGACACUGCGAUUGAUAACUCGAGGCGAAGUUCCGACGGAGCCGAGUAAAUGUCGAUGUAUCACACAGUUAUUCUACCAAGAGUUAUUCUCUCGAUUACAAAUUAAUUCCACGUCGUACAAAUAUUAAGCAGCAUAUCGUGAUUAAAGAGGGAGGGAAGGUUCGAGAGUGGGAGCCCGACCAAAUUUUACUAACACACAUCGAGCUAACGACGUAAACUCGCCGGCAACUUAUAACCGACGGUGGUGAGUAAGAUAGAGGAUUAUAAUUACGAUCACGGGGCGGACAGGAUCCAAAUAGAAUGGGAAAAAAGUCAAGCGCGAGCUGGUGACGCUCUCCUCGCUUCAGUCUACACGUCUACGACACCACGGUGACAAUACCCCGUAAACGCGGCUCGCUGGAAUCGAUUUUUCUUGCCGUUGAUCCGUGAACGACGAAUCCCCUCGUAUUUGCCGAGAAAGAAAGAGAGAGAUAGAGAUACGAUUAAGUUAGGUUAAUGAAUAAAAUCCAUUCUUAUCUGUAAGCUACGGAGCGCACGCGAGAUCGCGUCGCAGGUGUCGUUCGAGAAUAUUUUCGCUCAAGAAUCACAGUUUCCAAAUUUCGGGAAAGAAACCGUUUUCCACUCCGAUUUAUCCGCAGAUUUCUCCGGCUUCUGUCUCGAGGUUACAAAAAUUCGUUGAGAAAAAUUCACGCGUGUUCGGUUCGGAAAGCCGCCCGAAUUUACUUUUUCCUUCAAAGAGAAUUAGGAGGCAAAAAAAUCCGCGGAAAAAUUGGAGAAAAAGAAAACGGUCGCUUCCGAAACUUUGAAACUAAAUUAAGAAUGGAUCGACGAACGAACGAAUGAACGGACGGACAAACGUAUGCAGGCGCGAUCGGUCGGACGAUCGAAUUUAAGUGCCAGGAAACGCGCCGAGCGCUCGGUCGCGGUUCGGCGCACUGUCGAGACACGCGCUCGUUCUCGGCUCGUUGUAAUCGUUAAUAAUAACCAAUACGUACAAUCUCCUCCCCCAGUGUUCGUGUAUCCACGCUCUCUCGCGCGGUCGCGAGACGAUAUUUGCAAAUAAUUCGUAUCCGACGCGAUGUAUUUAUUGGUAGAGACCGUAACUCUCUCCCGCGACGCUCGCGUGUGAGAGUGUCCUCGCGCCCCGAUCGGAUUAUUCGAUUUCGAUUUUGUCGUCAGUCGGAACGCGCGAUCACAGGACCAUAGGACGACGCGUGCGCGUCCCUAUUGCCGGACUUUGAUUAGUAUUACCGCCGUUUCGCGAGCCGGCAAAACGGCGAAUUAAUACGCCACAGCUCUCUCUCUACCUACCGUACGUACCUAAGUAAUUUAUUUAUACAUAAAUUAGUUUAGGUCUUAAUAUAUUUAUUUAUACACAAGGAUAUAUAUUGUACAUCGCGACGCGCGCAGCCAAUCCCCUCCCCCCCCUCCCCCCAUUUGAGCUUGUCGCUUGCGCGGCAGAUCUUGAACGUUUCGCUUCUGUAUAUCGGUGCGAAGCGGCGACCACAGAUUUCAAUAAGAAACCGUUGUAAAUGUGCUCAGUAACGUCUGUAUAUAUUUGUGUGUGAAAUGUAUCGAACUAUUUGGGAAAAGAUUAAAUAACCUCUUCAGGGAUAUUGACACAUA